CGCAUCCUUCACUUUACCAUCACCCAUCCAUGUACUGCUUAGCCAUUCCCUCUUUCUAGAUGCUACCUUCCCGCCGGGCAAUGCCCCUGGCCAUUCUGCUGAACGGUCAGUAAUCCGCAAAAGCAAUCUCUGCAUUGACAGGGUGCCAUUCUCCUCCUACAAAACCGCCGCCAUGUUCAUUCCCGUACUCGCACCUGUUUCAUGGUCUAGGCACGAGCCCCUCAAGCCCUCCCUUUAGCGUUUUCAAGUAGCAUUAGGCAGUCCUGCACGGCUGUCUCCGUAUACUAUUCACAUCUACUAUUCACAGUCACUGUUUCGGAGGAAUACGCCCAUAGCACCAUGUCUACAGAGCUUUCGUUUCCGCCAUUCGACAAUGUACGCCUGGCCACGCUCUCAGACCUGCCGCGCAUCGCCAUGGUCGCUGCUGCCGGAUUCUACCACUCUCCCACCUUCCAGUUUCAGCGGCCUUACUAUGCAGAUUUUCCUGACGACACCCUCUCGUCGUACUGGACUGAGUAUCAAUCUGCUAUUCGCAACCCUGCUGAUGUCGUUCUCGUUGCUGAGGAUGUGUGGGAUCCUGACGAAGGCCUGGGCGUGUACGGCGCUCUGCGUGGAAGCUCAAUGUAUAAAUUUGGAUCAAGUCCCACCGCCGACAAAGUCAUUGUCGGCGUUUGUAGCAUCAAUUUGAAGCCCGGGUCGUGGCGAAUUGGUCGGUUUCAGACUGGAAACCACGUGGAUUCCCCAACACCAGCUACCCCCUUCAGCACUCAAAAUAGAGAUCAGUGCGCCAUGUCACUCGAGCUCUAUGGCGCAGCUACUGCUCCGGCCAAAGCCAAAUAUCUUGCGGGCCGCAUGAGAUUGAGCACCUUGGCAGUCCAUCCUGCAUACUGGCGGCGUGGCCACGCUACACGGCUCGUCAGCUGGUGUAUUCGCCUUGCAGAUAAGGAUGAUGUCCCUGUCGGUAUAUCAGCAGCGCCAAUGGGUGCUGCAGUAGCUGCUAAAGCCGGCUUUGAAGAACAAGAAACGGUUCGAAUCAAGCGAUCUACGGCGCAGGAGAGCGUGUCCCAAUUUGGCGUUCCUAAUGUUGGGGAUGUCGAGCUUUGGGUAGCCAUUCGCCAACCCUCUCGUUCUCCGUCAGAUACCAGCACCACUUGCUCGGACUCCCCAACAGGGGAGUCACUCUAAAAAUCCCCGAAAUCCUCCAGGAAGAAAGCAGAUCCUUGGGAAUCCUAGAACGCUAUCGUUCCACUCAGAACCCAGGGAAUAUCACGCACGCUCAAAAGCCUUUUCACGCUUGUGGUAUGUGUUUCGGAGCAGAAUAUUGGCUCGUGCCCAAAACGAGCGAGGCAAACUUUAAUCUUCUCCGCAUCAUCCAAAGGAUUUGCUUAUCAACCCCGUUAAAUUCCGUUCUGUCCUGUAUUCCAAAUAUUACACACAAGAACAAUUUAUCCAAGCUAUUCCUAUAUCUGGAUAAGAUCGUAUGAGGGGCAUCCUCUCCUUCUCCUUUUUCUCCCCGUUGCCGGAAUCUCCCCUUUUAGCCAGGUCUGUUAAGGUGGAGGAUCGAAGAGGGCUUGCACGUGCUCAAGACACAAG